UGCAACGUAUGUUUUGUCUUCCUUCCUGUCGCAAUAUUUACACGUUCCUCGUCUACGAGUGCUAAGGAAUGCGAGUGAAACCCCGUCAACUGGAUCGACGUCAAGCAUGUCAUCGACUGCAGAUGCUAAGCAGGGACCUUUUUCCUGCGGGACAAGACACGGGGACCUGCCCACCGAGCUUCGGCGGAUAGCAGAAGAAGAAUUGGGGGAAACAGACAGUGGAAGAGAGGAGGCCCUUGAGAAGCUCAUCCAACUAAUUCAAAAUGAACCGGACCUCGAUGCUAGAACGGACCCGGAGUUUCUGCUGCGAUUCCUCCGAGUGCGCAAGUACAACGUGGACGCGGCCUUGAACACGAUAAAGAACUACUACAAGGGCCGGGUUGCUUUAGGAUCGAGCUUCAAAGGUCUGACUCCGGCCAGUGUGAAUCCAGACGCAAAAGAGUUGUUCAUCGUGAUGCCUGAACGGGAUCGCCAUGGGCGUCUAAUCAUUCUGAUGAGACUUGGAGCCUGGAUGCCCGAAGUUGUGCCGUACUGUGAUUUCCAGCAAACUGGAAUGAUGUGCCUGGACCACGUAGCAUCCGAUCCGUCGUCCCAAACGGCGGGCGUCACGCUCAUAGCAGACUUCGAGGGCUUCACUGCAUCCAAGAUGCUUUCCUGCGGCGUUGGCUUGAUGAGGCGAGGCCUUGACUAUUUGCAGAAUUGCCUGCCAAUUCGUCUGAAAGCCCAGCACAUCGUGAGGGAAUCAUACGUCUUUGACCUGUUGUAUGCUCUUCUCCGACCUUUCAUCAAGAAAAAAAUGACGAGCAGGAUCCACUGCCACGGAUACAACUUCGAGACUCUGCAUGAGCAGAUAGAUCCCAGAGCGCUCCCUGAAGAGUUUGGAGGCCAAGGAAAGCCGCACGAUUUUGACGCCUUCUGGAAACGUCUCCACGACGAGGAGCAUAUCUUUGCAGAAAACAAUCGAUACGGCUAUCACACUCCAUCCAGUGACUUGGUACUCAAUGAUGAGUACGAGGAAGAAAACACGGAUCUAUAGUCGGUGGUUGUGGAGUUCUUUUAAUGUAUUUGACUUCCCAGGGACCGGAGCAUUGUAAAUAGUCGUUUAUUUUAUUUACAGAUAAUUACCCUCUCUAGAUCAGCGAUUAGACGUACCUUGACAUGCCAGCUGAAGAAUAGCAAACUACUUUUUUUAUAUUUUGAGUUGUGUGACGUAAUAAAAAGCACCUCAAAGACGACGACAAUUACAAUAGCAGGAAUGGCGCAUGGUAACUGCUAGAAAAAGUCGUCGGCACGUUCUUCCACGUGCACGUGUGCAAGAAAUAAC